AUGUUAAUCGAUACCGGGGCUACCGGAAGAUAUGUGCAGCCGGCCUGUCCAUUAUACCACUUAUUCCCAAAGAGACGAUACCAGGAACCACAAAAAAUCAGAUUCCUUGAUGGAACAACCGCGACAUUAGUAACCGAAUAUGUAGAAGCUAAAUUGGAUUUGGGAAAGGGACUCAAGGUUGUGACUCAAUUAGAUGUGAUGGCCUACGAAGCCCUGAGAGAAUGUGAUCACAAGAUCAAAUUAAUACCCGGAGCAGAAUUAAAACCAGGCCCAAUUUACCAACUAGAUGAACAUGGGGACGCAUUCCUGAAGCAGUGGAUCAAUGACGGUUUGGCCAGCGGCCAUUUACGAAGAAGUAAAUUGCCUUAUGGAUCUCCUGUAUUCCUGGUCCCCCAAAAAGGGGGUAAUUCCCUAUCGAGUGGUAACAGAUUACCGGGCGCUUAA